GCAUCAGUCUCUCUCUAGAGCACAUUCUCUCAUUCUCUCUCCAGAAAACCGAUGAAGAAGCUGAUCCGGCGCCUGUCGCGUGUGGCGGACUCGUCGCAGUACUGCCUUCUCCGAUCCGAAUCGAAGACGCCAUCUCGUUCCGGCGCGUUUGACGCUUUCCGUUUCCGUUCCCCUUCAAUUCUCCGGUCCGGAGUCCGAUCCGCCACCGUACCGGAGGGACACGUACCGGUGUUCGUCGGCGAUGGGAUGGAACGAUUCAUUGUGAGUGCAGAUCUCCUAAACCACCCGAUCUUCAUCAAGCUUCUCAAUAAAUCGGCUCAAGAGUACGGAUACGAGCAAAAAGGCGUCCUUCGAAUCCCCUGCAAUGUACUCGUCUUCGAACGCGUACUUGAAGCUUUGCGUGUCGGCGACAAUUCAGUUCAAGAUCUUCUCAACUCUUUGUCCGAUGAGUUUCUUUAGGCCCUUUCUUUCUUUCUUCUUUUUUUUUUUCUUUUUUCUUUUUUUU